AUGUCGUCGUGCGAGUGCCUCGUGGUCGAGAAGGUGUCGGAGGACCACGCCGGCGGCGGCGGCGAGGCGGCGGGGGAGCGGCGGGGCGGCGGCCGGGCCCCGCGCUCCGAGGCCAUGUUCCCCAUCUACGUCAUGGGGAGCUCGCGGGCGCGGGCCGUGCUCCUCGACCCCUCCGCCGCCGGGGACCCCAUAUGGGAGGCCGUCAAGGCCGAGGCCAGGUCCGAGGCAGAGAAGGAGCCUAUUUUAAGUAGCUUCUUAUAUGCGAGCGUAUUAUCUCACGACUGUCUGGAGCGGGCGUUGAGCUUUGUCCUUGCAAACAGGCUUGAAGAUCCAACCUUGCUUGCGACUCAGCUAAUCGACAUUUUCAAUGACGUCAUGAUGAAUGACGUAGAUAUACGCCGUUCCAUUCGCCUUGAUGCUCAGGCCUUCAAAGGAAGAGAUCCUUCCUGUGCACAAUAUAGCUGGGCCCUAUUAUACCUAAAGGGUUACCAUUCCUUGCAGUCCUACAGGAUAGCUCAUGUAUUAUGGAAUCAAGGGCGUAAGGUUCUGGCGUUGGCGCUGCAAAGCCGUAUCAGUGAGGUUUUUGCAGUGGAUAUACACCCAGCUGCCAAAAUUGGAGAAGGAAUAUUGUUGGAUCAUGGAACAGGUCUAGUCAUUGGUGAAACUGCUGUUGUUGGCAACUGGGUUUCAUUAAUGCAGGGUGUUACGCUUGGAGGUACUGGAAAGGAACACGGAGAUAGACACCCCAAGAUCGGUCAGGGUGCUCUUCUUGGAGCUGGUGCUACUAUCCUUGGCAACAUAACUGUUGGCGAAGGUGCCAUGAUUGCCGCUGGUUCCCUUGUUUUAAAGCAUGUACCGCCUCACAGUAUGGCGGUAGGAAAUCCUGCGAAGGUAGUUGGCUAUACAGAGAAAGAAGAUCCUUCGUUAACUAUGAAGCAUGAUGCAAGGAGAGAUUAUUUCGAGCAUGUUGCCGGCAGUUUUCCUGAUGGUAGAUCCAACGGAAGUGUCGUGAAGUAA